AUGUCGAGACCAGCAACACAUUCAGGCUCAUGGUAUUUAUCCAACCCUAGCAGUUUGUCACAACAACUCGGGACGUUCUUCACUGAGGCAAUAAAGGAAAAUGGUGGCCCGGUUAAGGGUACGAGGGCUAUAAUCUCCCCCCAUGCAGGGUAUUCAUAUUGUGGGGAAACUAUGGCAAAGGCCUACGCGAAAUUGGAUAUUACAGAUCAGAUAAAAAGAGUUUUUAUUCUUGGUCCAAGUCACCACUUUUAUUUCAAGAACAAGGGGCUCAUAUCUCGGUAUGAGGUUCUCGAGACGCCAUUAGGGAGUUUGAAAGUUGAUGUUGAAACGGUCGAAAAAUUGUUAUCGAAUCCUGAACUCUUCGCAAAUCUCGAUCAAGAGGCAGACCAAGAUGAACACUCGUUAGAAAUGCAAUACCCUAUGUGGUACCAAACUUUGAUUCACAACGGCCUUUCCCCAUCUAAGAUAGGUGUUGUACCCAUCCUAAUUUCUCACAAUUCAACCAAGAUCGAUUACACCAUCGGUAAAUGCUUGUUGGAAUAUCUUAAGUCUGGAGACAGCAUCUUUAUCAUAAGUUCUGACUUUUGCCAUUGGGGUCGGAGGUUUGGCUAUACCGGUUAUGUGAGUUCGCACGAAGAUAUUGCUGAUGCUAUUGCGGAAUUGACUGAAAUCGAGACGCUUACAACUAGAAGUAAACUCGAUCAUCAUUGUUUAAAAAUUUACAAGAGCAUAGAACUCCUAGAUCGUUAUGCAAUGGAUAUACUAGCACAAAAAAAUGGCCCGAAGGAUACAUACGCUGCUUGGAAAGAGUACUUGGAAGUCACUGGAAAUACUAUUUGCGGGGAGAAGCCUACAGGUGUUUUCUUAUGUUUGCUAAGCUACCUUAAUACAUCUCAUCCAUUCAAGUGGAGCGGCUACUCUCAAAGUAGUAAUGUGGAGUCCCUGGAUGAAAGCAGCGUUUCCUACGCGGCGGGAUAUUGCGUGGUCUAG